AUGCAAAUCUUUGUGAAAACCCUGACGGGGAAAACCAUCACCCUAGACGUCGAGGCCAGUGACAACAUUGAUGAUGUAAAGACCAAAAUCCAGGAAAAGGAGGGCAUUCCACCUGGCCAGCAGAGGCUGAUAUUUGCUGGCAAACCACUUGAAAAGGGAAGAACCUUGUCUGACUACAAUAUCCAGAAGGAGUCCACUCUUCACCUGGUUCUCAGACUCCGGGGUGGCAUGCAGAUCUUUGUGAAAACCCUGACUGGCAAGACCAUCAACCUGGAGGUGGAGGCCAGUGACACCAUUGAAAAUAUAAAGAUAAAAAUCCAGGAUAAGGAAAGCAUUCCCCCUGAUCAGCAGAGACUGAUUUUUGCUGGAAAACAUCUAGAAGAUGGGAGGACCCUGUUUGACUACAGCAUUCAAAAAGAGUCCACGUUGUACCUUGUCCUGAGACUUCGUGGAGGCUGGUGA